GUUGGAAAGCCGAGAGCGGAGCUCGGAACUGCCUGGAAACUUCACUAGGGCGACGACUUUGCCAGUUUCAUUCCGGGAACUUUUCUUUGCAGGAGGAGAAGGGGUGCAAGUGCCCCAGGUUUAGUUCUCCUUCUUCCCUUCCUCCUCUUCCUCUCCGAUUAGCCUUCCCGGUUCGCAGCGGGCAGCUGCGCACCGGCCAUCCAGCGCCUCUGAAGGCUCCUCGCCACCGCCAAGUGACGCGCCAGCCUCCCGAGAGCCGCUCGCUCCGCGUCCGCGUCCGGGCAGGCGAGGGGAGUGGAGUCCCAGCCACCGCGGCUUGUCGCCUUUCCCGGCCACCCGCCCCCUGCCCCGGACCCGCGUAUGAAUCUCCUGGACCCCUUCAUGAAGAUGACCGACGAGCAGGAGAAGGGCCUGUCCGGCGCCCCCAGCCCCACCAUGUCCGAGGAUUCUGCUGGCUCUCCCUGCCCCUCGGGCUCGGGCUCCGACACGGAGAACACGCGUCCCCAGGAGAACACCUUCCCCAAGGGUGAGCCGGAUCUGAAGAAAGAGAGCGAGGAGGACAAGUUCCCCGUGUGCAUCCGCGAGGCGGUCAGCCAGGUGCUUAAGGGAUACGACUGGACGCUGGUGCCCAUGCCAGUGCGCGUCAAUGGCUCCAGCAAGAACAAGCCGCACGUCAAGCGGCCCAUGAACGCCUUCAUGGUGUGGGCGCAGGCGGCGCGCAGGAAACUGGCCGAUCAGUACCCUCAUCUGCACAACGCCGAGCUCAGCAAGACGCUGGGCAAGCUCUGGAGACUGCUAAACGAGAGUGAGAAGCGACCCUUCGUGGAGGAGGCGGAGCGGCUGCGUGUGCAGCACAAGAAAGACCACCCGGAUUACAAGUACCAGCCACGCCGGAGGAAGUCGGUGAAGAACGGGCAGGCGGAGGCGGAGGAGGCCACAGAACAGACUCACAUCUCCCCCAACGCCAUCUUCAAGGCGCUGCAGGCGGACUCUCCGCACUCCUCCUCCAGCAUGAGCGAGGUGCACUCUCCCGGCGAGCACUCCGGGCAAUCACAGGGUCCCCCGACCCCACCCACCACUCCCAAAACCGACGUGCAGACUGGCAAGGUGGACCUGAAGCGAGAGGGGCGCCCCUUGGCAGAGGGGGGUAGACAGCCUCCCAUCGACUUCCGCGACGUGGACAUCGGUGAGCUCAGCAGCGACGUCAUCUCCAACAUCGAGACCUUCGACGUCAAUGAAUUUGAUCAAUACCUGCCGCCCAACGGCCACCCGGGGGUGCCGGCCACGCACGGCCAGGUCACCUACACCGGCAGCUACGGCAUCAGCAGCACCGCGGCCACCCCGGCCACCGCGGGCCACGUGUGGAUGUCCAAGCAGCAGGCGCCGCCCCCGCCCCCGCAGCAGCCUCCGCAGGCCCCGCAGGCCCCGCAGGCUCCCCCGCAGCCGCAGCCCGCGCCCCCGCAGCCGCAGCCCGCGCCCCCGCAGCCGCAGGCGCACACGCUGACCACGCUGAGCAGCGAGCCCGGCCAGUCCCAGCGGACGCACAUCAAGACCGAGCAGCUGAGCCCCAGCCACUACAGCGAGCAGCAGCAGCACUCUCCGCAGCAGAUCGCCUACAGCCCGUUCAACCUCCCGCACUACAGCCCGUCCUACCCGCCCAUCACGCGCUCGCAGUACGACUACACCGACCACCAAAACUCCGGCUCCUACUACAGCCACGCCGCCGGCCAGGGCUCGGGGCUCUACCCCACCUUCACCUACAUGAACCCUGCUCAGCGCCCCAUGUACACCCCCAUCGCUGACACCUCCGGGGUCCCAUCCAUCCCGCAGACCCACAGCCCGCAGCACUGGGAACAACCGGUCUAUACACAGCUCACCAGACCCUGAGGAGAUGUUGAACAAAGGCGAAGGCGAUGGAGCUGAUCAUUCAAAGUAAAUAACAAACAAAUAAAUAACCGAAGAAAUCAAGAACCAACCUGAAAGUCCUUUGGACAGUUUCUGUUGUUCCCAUUCCUUUAAAGACUUGUAAGCAGCGGCGAUAACUAGUGCCGAGGUUCCAGGAGAGACAUUAUCCGCAUGUAUUGCCAAGUUAGUGCAAAUCGGUGCCCAGGCCACGUUUGGCCAGAUGGACAGACCAGCAUCAGCGAGAAAUUGGACUUAGUUCCUUCAGAGUCAGCGUUGGAGGACGAUGGAGAACCUUGCGACCCAUAUGCUCAAUCUCCCCGCCUGUUUGGACUUUGUAAUUAUUUUUUAGCCGUAAUUAAAGAAAAAAAAAGUCCUCUGUGAGGAAUAUUCUCUAUUUUAAAUAUUUUUAGUAUGUACUGUGUAUGAUUCAUUACCAUUUGAGGGGAUUUAUACAUAUUUUUAGAUAAAAAAUUAAAUUCUCUUAUUUUUCCAACAGCUAAACUACUUGUAGUUCAACAGUGUGCCCUAGCUUUUCUUGCAACCAGAGUAUUUUUGUACAGAUUUGCUUUCUUCUUAAACAAAAACAAAAAAAAAAGGAAAAAAAAAAAGAAAAUCAAAAAGUGUCGCUGAAGUAACAUAAAAAAAUACACAGAAUUUUGUUAAC